AUGUCAGCUUCCAAUGCAUCUCAGACAUGCAAGGAUUACAGCUUCAACCACCACCUCCUCCUGCCUGGCUAUAUCUUGAUAUUCAUUACGGGUCUGACACUGAACGUGAUGGCCCUGUGGAUAUUCAUCCGCUACCUGCGCCUGAAGUCUGUAGUGAUGAUCUACAUGUUCAACCUGGCCGUCAGCGACCUCACCUUCACACUCCCUCUGCCGCUGCGACUCUACUACUACUCCAACCACCACUGGCCCUUCGGUAACACGCUGUGCCAGGUGUCUGGCUCUGUCUUCCAGAUCAACAUGUACGGUAGCUGCCUCUUCCUCAUGUGCAUCAACCUGGAUCGCUACGUUGCCAUUGUCCACCCUCUUCGUUGGCGACAUCUCAGGCGCCCCAAGGUAGCCAAGCUCCUUUGCCUGAUCGUCUGGGUUGUGAUCUUCAUGGGCUCCAUCCCCACAGCCAUAGUCCACAAGCAAAACCACUGUGAGGUACAGAACCAGACCGUUUAUCUGUGCUUUGAAAGCUUUAGUGACAACAUGUGGCAGAAUAACCUCUUCCCCCUCGUUGUACUGGCUGAAAUCUUGGGGUUUCUCCUGCCUCUCAGCUGCGUGACAUACUGCUCGAUUCGGAUCUUCCAAGAGCUCUGCCACGACACCCAGACGAAGACUCUGCGACAGCAGAAGACUGUCCGUCUCCUCUUGGUCAAUCUGGUCAUCUUCAUCAUUUGCUUUGUGCCCUACAACACCACCCUGGCAGUUUAUGGGAUGAUAAAGGCCCGGGUGAUGAAGGUUGAGCAAGAAACACAGGCCUCUGUGCGACAAGUGUUAAUUAUGACAAUGCUGUUGGCCAGCAUGAACUGCACGCUGGACCCCUUGAUCUACUACUUCAGUACUGAGGGUUUCCGCAACACCUUUAAGAAACUACGGCGGGGACAAGCCUGGGACUCAGAUAUGGGGAUGCUUAAGAAUCAGGUUGUGAGGAAUAAGUCAACCCAAGACCAUGCUGUCUCAAAAGGAAAACAGUUCCCAGCUGGAAACUUUAUCCGUCCCAACGAAUCUUUGCCCUCAUUUCCUACUGCAGUAUUUUUGAAUGGCCCUAUCGAGGACUCGGAAAUAUAA